AUGGCGGUGACUGUUGUCAGCCCGUCAGAAGGAUUCAAGCACCUCGGAAUAUUCCAAAGUACUGGUGAUAUAUGGAGCUCGACAAUUGCACCUGUCUGGAGCACAUUGAAGUCGGAAGCGGAGAGGAUUAGUCGAUUGCAGCUGUCCCAUCGUCAGCUCCAGUACAUCGUGAACCACGGUUGGCUACCUCGCGUCCAAUACCGAACGCAGCUAAACGUCUCGCAUAAAGUUGCCAAGCACAUCGACAUUUUAGUAAGAAGAACCGCUGAACAGGUCCUGAGACUGCUUCACAAUACCCCAAAAGCCGUCUUCCAUGACCACAACCAAGGCCUUGGUCUCGCUAGUUUUGAGGACAUGAGCAAUGUCGCUAGAAUUGAGUUGACGCUGCGGGCGGCCGUGUCCAUUGGCACAAGGGUAGACGUCAAAUGGGUGAAUCCAGAUGAAUGUAUGCCCAAACGACCGAAUGAUAGACCAAUUUGGCAAGAACUAUCGGAAGAAUUACGCGGGCGGUUGCUGAAAUACAACAUCAAGUACGCACACAAAGUGAGAAAUCUAAUCGCACCGACAGGAUGCACUGUAAUCGACACGAGACAUCUCGACAUGCCUAGACUAGAUAUCGCCCCAGAUCAUUUUUUAUCGUCAACCAGUUUGAAGAGAGUGACGAGGGUCUUCUGCUACGCGGGAUAUGGUGACGAGAUCCGGGUGCAGUGGUGGCACGAGCGCAACCCAGACAGUGGAAUUUGGACUCCUCGGCCGGACGGUGAGGUCACAGAGUAUGCCGAUAUCUUUAUCCCGGUUGAAGUGAGUGAUUAUUUGGACAGAUACGACUUGCGAGGCAGCGAUAACACCUGCGUCGCGGGAGCUAUGGGUUCGUUUCAGGCUUGCUACUCUGGCACCCAACUGUGCGACAACAAAGCAGCCAUCGUGACGCUGCAAACGGCACGAGCUAUUGCAAACGGAGCGAGGCCUCCUUAUACCAAGUACAGCAACCGACAUCGAAUUGAAAUCCGGUCAAUGGUUGCAUUAAUGUGCCCUGGGGGUACUUUUAACGCAAAGUGGAUACGUUCCCACCAGGAAUGUGAAUAUUCAGAUGAUGUCCAGCUUAAUGAGGAGCGUAAAGCUUUAGCAGACGUGGAUGGUGACGCGGCGAGAAGUCACGACGAAGAAAUGCCAAGCUGGGCCAUUUUGGAAGUGCCCACCGCUAUGCUUAGCGAAGUUUUCUUCGCUUUCGUCGUAAUGAUUUGUUUACUGUGGACUCUUCUGCUCAUCACGCUCAACCUGGCCCCGAAUCACACUGUAAACCUCGUCAUGCGCACGGAAACCUUCGACGAUGGAUCGUUCUGGCUGUUUGUGGUCCCGUCCCCAUCCGUCCUCAUGCUGGCAGUCUGUGGUUUGUCUGCUGUUGCACUUGGGUACGUGGUUGUGCUCGCGAAAAUGAUUAUCCGCCCGAUUCAAGUGGCUCCAGAACUAGCGACGAAGAUCCCUGUAAACUCCAGUAGCGAGAUGUUGUUAUCGUCGACAAAACUCGGUCCAUCACGCUUAAAGACUAAGGGCGUGUCAAGGCACGGGGCGAUGGAGUUCCUUGCGGUACGAGCAAGUGCAAGAUAUGGAUAUGUGCGAUGUAUUUAUUUGUUUACGACAGAAGAUGUUGCUGAAGUACUAACUAACACACGUUCGCUUUACCUCUUCAGAUUCGACGUGGUCGUGGCUGUUGGGUGCCCCAUGCUCGUUCUUGUCUACUGCCUCAACGCGUUCACUUUUCCUCGGGACAAACUCGCGAUUAACCGUCAAGUUUUCCCCAGCGGCUGGUUCGAACAGCAAGCCAGCGUCAUCGCCGACCCCGUCCAGACCGCUGUCAUCUACAAGAGCCUCAAGUCGCUGCGCAUCACCUCCGUGUUCGAGUUUUUCGCUCGGAUGGGGGUACCCGCGACACUGUUUCUCCGUCUCCGCCAAGUCGUAGAGCUCCUAAAGCACCCAUCCAAGUAG